GGUGCUUCCAUCCCGUCCUCCCAUCAUUUUCUUGCACUGUCCCUGUCUCUUCGUUGUCUUGUCUUCCCUCUCUAUGCUGUUGUUGUUGCUUCUGCCGAGUGCUCAUCACUGUCCUCCUCCCCCUCCAUAACAGAUAGACUCCCCCCCCUCCAUCAUCCGCCACCACCGUCGUCUCUGCUCUCUUUCUUCUCUUCCUCCCUCUACUCCUUUUCUCUUCAAAUUUGUUGCAAAAACGCUCAUCAUUCUGAAUCGUGGUUUGGAUAGCUAUCGUCUUCGGGAGAGAAAAGGGUUAUUCAUCAUAUUCUUGUUAUCUACUACUUUUACAAAAGAGUUGUUGGCGACUCGAGGCAAGAAAAAAAGAGACUCAUCCUCCUCUUCACUAUCUUGUCUGCUAUUCGUGCACGUUCCCUUGUUGGCGUGGUUCAGAAGCAAAACAUUGUCGAUCUCGUCAAGUCGUCACCACCACCACCAUCCCAUCUCGACAAACCCAAGCCUUCCGCGCCCUCCCUCCCCCAAAACGAGGCACCCUCCACGAGCCUCCUCCUUCUCCAACAUCUCCAACACGACUGUGAAGCAGGUGUCAAGCAGUUGUUGACGACUCUACGCACGCCUUGCUCACGCAUACGUUACUCUUAGCCUGUAACAUAAUCAGUCUCAGCUCCAAAAAGCCGUCAAUCUACGACCACGCACUCCUUGUCUACUUCGUUUCUAGACUACCGCAACCAUGCCUUACAACACCCGACGCAAAUCCCUCUCCUUGCCCUCGCUCGGCAUCCACGUCCCCGUCUCCAAAGACUCAAGAGCCGCCGCUGCCGCAGGCAAAGCCUCAAAAGAACAAAAGGACUCUUCUCACACCAGCUCCCACACACGAUCAAACACAGCAGCAAACAUGACCUCGCCUACUCCAUCAAAUACAAGCAGCUCGAAAGCGGAGUCUACCUCCUCCAAGAAGCUCAAGCGCACGCACAGCGCUGUCGAGACCGAGGGCCGCGCGCAUCCGUCCGAACCCCAACAGAAGAAGCGUGAGGAGCGCGAGACUGUCAGGUUUCAAAACACACCCCCUCCCUCCCCCGGCGGGGCGCGCCAAUCUGUCGAGUGCGACGAUCCUCCUAGGCCAAUUGACUUUGAGGCUAUCAAUGAUGACAUCGUCGAAGCCGUUAUCGUCCAGCUCCAAAAUACCGGCAACAGGCCGCACUUGGUCAAGGAGCUUGCCGCCGUCUUGAUGCAGCAGCUGAAGAUUGUUCAACAAUCUGCCAACCCAUGUGCCAUUGUUUCGUCUCGCUUGUCUACAUUCCUUAAGAGGACGUGCUGGAACGUCUCGUCUCCGUGCCCAAUUGCCAAGGAGCUCGAGUCUGUUCACCCGCGCCGCACAUAUUUCUAUCUUACCACAUGCCCCCACCAGCCGCUCCCCGACCCGGCUCAGGCGGCUGCGCUAAAUCUUGCCUCGCGCGCUAUCAUCUCGCCUAGCAUCUCAAGCGCCGCAUCAGGGACCGAUGAGUCCGACCUGGACCGACGACGUGAGCUUAGCCCCAGCCCCGAGGUGGAUCUCUCGAGCCCCGAGUUCGACGACAUGGAGGACGAUGUCCCCAUGCCCAGCACACCAAUUGGCUCAUUCUCCACACGCUACUGCCUGUCCGGGGCCCACUCCUCGAACAACAGUCAGAACGGCCGCAAUCACCGCGCCGUCUCUCCUCCGCUUGAGAAGGACGAAAAAGAGUUCACACAGACCGCUACUGGCCUCCAAAAACGGAAACUCAACGGUGAACUCUCUGCGUCUUCCCCUGUGAAUACCGCUAUGGACAUUGACUAUUGCCCCAAGGAUGACAACGUGUUGUUCGGUGAGCGGACCUCGUAUCUUACGAGUCCUGCGAUGAAGCCAUCCUCGACCAUGAUGUCCUUGAACUACGGCCGUAAGGAAUUCGGCGGUACGAGUGAGUCCGAGAGCUGGCGCAAGCUCGAUGCGAUGCUCGAGUGGGAUCGCAACCCAGAGAACAUUGAGCUCGAUGAGCUUGAUUGCCUCCUGGAUGAUUUCUAAAUCUCCUUUUUUUCCCACACCAUCUUUCUCAUGACUAUUUCUUUACGACUGAAGUCGGGAUUUCUGGGCAACUUCCAAGUUUCGGAAGUCAAGCCGUGUGGUGCAACGGCGCAACGUGUGUAUGAUUGAAGCAAGUGUGUGCGCUACCAACAGAUCAUUUUGAUGGGGUUUUCACAGGAGUUCACAGGGGGGUUUACAGGGGCAUUUACGGAUUGGUUCAUCCCAUAGACGAAGCUGGGUCACGAAAUGGCGUUUAUGACUUUCAGCUGAUGUGGGCAUGUCAAGGAAGGUGUCAGACGGUUGGCUUUUUGAACAUUUCUUUUUGCUUUCAAGGGAUCGAUGGAAAUCUCCCCCCCAUUGCACUUAUUUGGUUUACAACAAACUUUUUGGGGAUUAUUUUGCUCCUUUUUUCCCCCUUUUUUUGGUCAGUCAUCCUUACCAGUAAUGGGAGACGGAAGGAUGCCGCGCGCACCUGGGAAUGGUGCCGUGAUGAGGAGAGAGAAACACGAAUGGCCUGGAUACCUAGGGAUGGAUUUUCAUACAUUAGGAGGACGGAGAUUGCGUUGUCAAGCGAAUACCCUGGGCGCAGCAUGUCGCCGAACACUGCGACCCAACCCACUUCUUUUUCGAGUCUCUUUGCAACAACAGACAACUGGUUUUUUUUUUGGUUUAAUUCCACGGUUGCAAAGAGGCGCAGCAAGGCCAGUCAAGCGUAUGAAAGGAACGAAAGAAGAUGGAAAGUUACUAGUACUUUCCGGAUUUCCUGCCCCUUUCUCGAGAUAUAGAGAGCGGGCAGUAUGUGGUGAUACACAAAAGGGAAAAGCCAGAGAGGAUGAGAUCAGAGAAGAAAAAAAGUAUCGUGUUCAAGAUAGACAAAAGGACAAGAAGGGGGAAAAAAAGUAUCUCAAAGAGAAAGAAGGUGAUUGAAUAAAAAAAAAGACAGAUCUGGAGUUUUUAUAUACUACUGCUAGAAAGCUCGACUCAUUCCUAUAUUUAGAAAGAAGACAGGCGCUUCCUAUUUCCGA